AUGGCGCAAACGCUCCCGAUCAAAUUCCAGGAGCAUCUGCAGCUCACAUCGGUCGGCAUCAAUGCGGCGACCAUCGGAUUCAACACCCUCACGAUGGAGUCUGAUAAGUAUAUCUGUGUUCGUGAGAAAAUCGGCGACUCCAACCACGUAGUCAUCAUUGAUAUGGCAACCCCACAGCAGCCCAUUCGGAGACCAAUAUCAGCUGACUCCGCAAUAAUGAAUCCAGCAUCCAAGGUGAUCGCCCUCAAGGCGAACAGAACGCUACAGAUCUUCAACAUCGAAAUGAAGUCAAAAAUGAAGGCACACGCGAUGUCGGAAGACGUGGUGUUCUGGAAAUGGAUAAACCUGAACACCUUGGCGCUGGUAACGGAAAGUGCGGUGUAUCACUGGUCGAUGGAAGGCGAUUCUCAACCUGUCAAGAUGUUCGAUCGGCAUUCUUCCUUGGCGAGUUGUCAAAUCAUCAACUAUCGAACCGACCAUAAACUUCAAUGGCUGCUGCUGGUUGGCAUCUCAGCUCAGCAGAACCGUGUUGUCGGAGCCAUGCAACUCUAUUCCAUGGAGCGCAAGGUAUCUCAGCCCAUCGAGGGGCACGCCGCAGCAUUCGCUCAGCUCGAAGUCGAAGGGAACUCUCAGCCCUCGACGAUCUUCUGCUUUGCUGUCAGGACCCAGGCAGGCGGGAAACUCCAUUUGGUUGAAGUGGGAACCCCUGCUCCCGGAAACCAACCUUUCUCGAAGAAGGGAAUCGAUGUAUUCUUCCCGCCCGAAGCUCAGAGCGACUUCCCGGUGGCGAUGCAAGUCUCGCCCCGGCACGAUGUCGUCUAUUUGAUCACUAAGUACGGCUACGUCCAUCUGUACGACCUCGAGAGCGGCACUUGCAUCUACAUGAAUCGCAUUUCGUCGGACACGAUCUUCGUCACCGCUCCCCACGAGGCAUCGAGCGGAAUAAUCGGAGUCAACCGCAAAGGUCAGGUGCUCUCGGUCUCGGUGGACGAAGAGAACAUCGUCAACUACAUCAUGACAACACUCAACAAUCCGGACCUCGCCCUUCGGAUCGCCUCUCGUAACAACCUGCCCGGCGCGGACGACCUCUUCGUCCACAAAUUCAACAACCUGUUCCAGAGCGGGCAGUACACGGAAGCUGCGAAAGUGGCCGCCAACGCCCCGAAAGGAAUUCUGCGGACGCCGCAAACGAUCCAACGUUUCCAGCAGGUCCCUCAGCAGCCGGGCCAGACGACUCCAUUGCUCCAGUAUUUUGGAAUUCUGCUCGACAAGGGAAAACUGAACAAAUUCGAAUCUUUGGAGCUGUGUCGCCCCGUCCUCCAACAGGGUAGGAAACAACUUCUGGAAAAAUGGCUCAAGGAUGAGAAGUUGGAGUGUUCGGAGGAACUUGGAGACCUGGUCAAACAGGUGGAUCCGACGCUAGCCCUCGCCGUGUACUUGCGGGCCAACGUUCCACCUAAGGUUAUCCAGUGCUUCGCGGAAACCGGACAAUUCCAGAAGAUCGUACUCUACGCCAAAAAGGUCGGCUACACACCCGACUACAUCCAGAUCCUCCGACAGGUCAUGCGUGUGGCACCCGAUCAGGGUCCCGUGUUCGCGCAGAUGCUUGUGGCGGAUGGCGAACAGCCUUUGGCAGAUGUUGCCCAGAUAGUGGACGUGUUCAUGGAAGCUAACCUCGUUCAGCAGUGCACGGCAUUCUUGUUGGAUGCCCUCAAACACAACCGGCCCACCGAAGGUGCUCUACAGACGAGACUGCUCGAGAUGAAUUUGAUCGCCGCCCCCCAAGUGGCUGACGCGAUUCUUGGCAACCAGAUGUUCUCUCACUACGACAAAGCACACAUCGCGCAACUUUGCGAAAAAGCGAACCUUCUCCAGCGCGCUCUGGAGCACUACACGGAUCUUUACGACAUCAAGAGAGCCAUCGUGAAUACUCAUCUUCUGAACGCCGAUUGGCUGGUCAAUUACUUCGGAUCCCUUUCGGUUGAAGACUCACUCGAGUGUCUGAAAGCCAUGCUGUCUCACAACAUACGCCAAAACCUCCAGAUCUGCGUGCAGGUGGCGACCAAGUACCACGAGCAGCUGACGACUGUGGCACUGAUCGAGCUGUUCGAGUCGUUCAAGUCGUACGAGGGCCUCUUCUACUUCCUGGGGAGCAUCGUGAAUUUCUCCCAGGAUCCCGAAGUCCAUUUCAAGUACAUCCAGGCCGCGUGUAAGACCGGACAGAUCAAAGAGGUCGAGCGAAUCUGUCGCGAGUCCAACUGCUACAACGCCGAGCGCGUGAAGAAUUUCCUCAAGGAGGCGAAGCUCACCGACCAGCUGCCGCUCAUCAUUGUGUGCGAUCGCUUCGAUUUUGUGCACGACCUCGUUCUCUACCUGUACCGGAACAACUUGCAGAAGUACAUCGAGAUCUACGUGCAGAAGGUGAACCCCUCCCGGCUGCCGGUCGUGGUCGGAGGACUCCUCGAUGUCGACUGUUCCGAGGACGUGAUCAAGUCGCUGAUCAUCGCCGUACGAGGGGGACAGUUCUCGACCGACGAACUCGUGGACGAAGUUGAGAAACGGAACCGUUUGAAACUUCUGCUCCCUUGGCUGGAGACCCGCGUGCACGAAGGCUGCACCGAGCCAGCCACUCACAAUGCUCUUGCCAAAAUCUACAUCGACUCGAACAACAAUCCGGAGAGGUAUCUCCGCGAGAACGCCUACUACGACAGUCGUGUAGUCGGAAAGUACUGUGAGAAACGAGAUCCGCAUCUGGCCUGCAUCGCCUACGAGCGCGGCCAGUGCGAUCGCGAACUGAUCAAAGUCUGCAAUGAGAACUCCCUCUUCAAAAGCGAAGCCCGUUACUUGGUCCGCAGGAAGGACACCGAUCUCUGGAUCGAGGUCCUGCAGGAAGACAACCCGUACCGACGGCAGCUCAUCGACCAGGUCGUGCAGACCGCCCUGUCCGAAACUCAGGACCCUGACGACAUUUCGGUGACUGUCAAAGCUUUCAUGUCGGCGGAUCUUCCCAACGAGCUGAUCGAACUGCUCGAGAAGAUCGUUCUGGAGAACUCGGUCUUCUCCGAUCACAGGAAUCUUCAGAAUCUGCUCAUCCUCACCGCCGUCAAGGCUGACAAAAGCCGUGUUAUGGAAUACAUCAACCGGCUGGACAACUACGACGCUCCGGAUAUAGCUAAGAUCUCGAUCGAAGGCGAACUUUUCGAGGAGGCUUUCGCCAUAUACAAGAAAUUCGACGUCAACACCUCUGCGGUCCAGGUCCUCAUCGAAAACAUCAAGAACCUCGAUCGCGCUUACGAAUUCGCCGAACGCUGCAACGAGCCCGGCGUCUGGAGUCAGCUCGGGAAAGCUCAGCUGGCCCAGGGACUUGUGAAGGAGGCCAUCGACGCCUUCAUCAAGGCGGGCGAUCACACCACGUACCUCGACGUUGUCGAGACGGCCCACAAGAAGAACAGUUGGGAGGAUCUCGUCAGGUAUCUUCAGAUGGCUCGCAAGAAAGGUCGUGAGAGCUAUAUCGAAAGCGAGCUGAUUUACGCCUAUGCGAAGACGUCGCGUCUCGCCGACCUCGAGGAAUUCGUCUCGUCCCCGAACCACGCCGACGUCCAACGCAUCGGAGACCGCUGUUUCGACGACGCGCUUUACGAGGCGGCCAAGCUUCUCUACAACAAUGUUUCCAAUUUCGCACGUUUAGCCAUAACGCUCGUGCAUUUGAAGGAGUACCAAGGCGCGGUGGAUUCCGCCCGGAAAGCGAACUCCACUCGCACGUGGAAGGAGGUUUGUUUCGCUUGCGUCGACUCUGGCGAGUUCCGUCUUGCCCAGAUGUGUGGCCUCCACAUUGUCGUACACGCCGACGAACUGGAAGACCUCAUCAGCUAUUACCAGGACCGUGGCCACUUCGAAGAGCUGAUCGCUCUGCUCGAAGCCGCUCUUGGCUUGGAGCGCGCACAUAUGGGCAUGUUCACGGAGCUUGCCAUUCUCUAUUCCAAGUACAAGACGUCUAAGAUGCGUGAACACCUCGAACUCUUCUGGAGUCGUGUCAACAUUCCAAAAGUGCUCCGAGCCGCCGAGCAGGCCCAUUUGUGGGCGGAGCUGGUAUUCCUCUACGACAAAUACGAAGAGUUCGACAACGCCGUCGUCACGAUGAUGGUCCACCCCACCGAGGCCUGGAAAGAGGGCCACUUCAAGGAGUGUGUCCAGAAAGUUGCCAACAUGGAGCUCUACUAUCGCGCUAUUCAGUUUUAUCUCGACUAUAAACCGUUGCUCCUCAACGAUCUGCUGCUCGUUCUCGCUCCACGGAUGGAUCAUACGCGUGCGGUGAGCAUGUUCGCCAAGCAGAACCAUUUACCUCUCGUGAAGCCGUACCUUCGCUCCGUGCAGUCACUCAACAACAAGGCGAUCAACGAAGCUCUCAACGGACUGCUCAUCGACGAAGAAGACUUCAACGGACUCCGUGCCUCGAUCGAUGCAUUCGACAACUUCGACAACAUCGCCCUAGCGCAGAAACUCGAAAAGCACGAGCUGAUUGAGUUUCGACGAAUUGCUGCCUAUCUGUACAAGGGCAACAAUCGCUGGAAGCAAUCUGUUGAGCUCUGCAAGGCCGAUAGAUUAUUCCGGGAUGCGAUGGAAUACGCAGCCGAAAGCAAAAAUCGCGAAACAGCCGAAGAGCUCCUCGAGUGGUUCCUGGAGGAGAAGAACUUCGAGUGUUUCGGAGCGAUGUUGUUCCAAUGUUACGAUCUUCUCAAGCCGGAUGUCAUCAUGGAGCUCGCCUGGAAAAAUGGAAUUACGGAUUUCGCCAUGCCGUAUUUCAUUCAGGUCAUGCGAGAGUAUACUGCCAAGGUGGACAAGCUCGAGGAGCUGGAAAACCAACGUCUUGAAGAGAGCGCACAGAAUGAAAACAAGGGCUCGCUUGUAUACGCGCCCGAGCCCCAGCUGAUGCUGACUGCCGCACCAGGCAUGAUGGCAGGCCAGGCACCGUACGCGGGAUAUGGCGCGCCUGGGAUGAAUCCCGGCAUGGGACCGCAAGGCGGACCCGGCGUACCCGGAUACCCUGGCUACAGCAUGUGAACCCCGGAGGUCUAUCGAGUAGAAAAUCUGACCACUCCACAGUCAUCAUCUUCUCGCAAGGACGAUAUUCCUCGAAUAUGUGGAUUCGUGAGGCAUGAGAGAGACUCGACAACGGCGGAAGACGGUCCCAGAAGAUAGAGGAACCACCACCAGCGACGGGAAAAAUCAAUAACAAUUGCAAAAACGAUUGCAACAACUGAAAAAGCGGACGGAGGUGCCUGUGUGUGAGCGAAAUUCCCGAACUCUCUUGAGAAACGAUCAUCAAUUUUCGGAGGUUCUCAACUUCGACUGCAGAAGGACGAUUGACUGAUUGACCGACUGACUGACUGUCUGACUGACUGACUUUUAGAAAACAGAUAUACAUCCUUAAGGAAAAAAAUAUAUCAACAGAGCAGCCCGUAGAAGCUUUCUCACGAACGGUGGCGAGGUGUAAACGAGCUACCCGACGCGCUUGAAAAUCAAAAGAAGACGCCAAAGAGGAGUCCACCACCUCAUCCGUAGUAGUCGUCAAGCUAAUUGUCAACACAGACAUCAUAGCGCAUUGGAAUCGGGGACGACUGCAGAUGGAAGUCUAGUUAUCGUCACUCUCAGUAGAAGCGAUAUCGACUGAAGGAGGCGAUUGCCUAACUCGGAAAAAGACGAUUGUUCUCAUUCUCGCGGAAUUCUUUAAAGCCUUAUUUUAUGAAUCGAAGAGUCGAAUUUAGCCUGAGUUAGCAAUAAUGCGUUCUCCGGUGUCUCAUUCUACGAUAUACAUUUUUAAAUGAUGGGUUUGAUGAGAGUGGAUGUAUAAUUAUAAAUGUCGAAAUCUACUAUAUAAAGAUGAAGAAAAAUUGUUUAAAUCCCAGUUUUUUCCCAUGUGUCAUGGGCCGCGGGGUCGAUUUGAGAAGAUACCUCAACAGAAUCAAAGAUCUGCGAUGUCUACGAGCGCCGUGUCUAGGGGUCGAGACAUCGAAGGUGAACCAUCUCUAUUUUUUCUAUUCCUUUCCCUCCUAUUCUCGCAUUCAGUUGGUCCCGAGAUUUUUCCCGGUCAGAAUGAAUCAAUCUUCCGGAUGCCGGAAAUUGAUGACGUCAGCUGAUAUAGCAACAUGCGUGGUAUCUUCUCGGACGAGCGAGAUCAACCGGAAAGAAAGAACCCCAAAUGUCCGCUUCGAACGCGAAAGACUAUGGAAGCGGUCGUACGAAGCAUGAAAAUUCACAGGAAUCGCAGUCGAUUCAUAGUCUUGACAAUAAGAGAAAUAUACCGAGAAACGAAAA